AUGGAGACGAAGAUUAAGAUUGGGGUUUGUGUGAUGGAAAAGAAGGUGUUCUCGGCUCCGAUGGGCCAGAUUCUCGAGCGCCUUGAGAAAUUUGGCGAGUUUGAGAUUACGUAUUUCGGAGAUAAGGUUAUUCUGGAAGAUCCGGUGGAGAGCUGGCCGAUAUGUGAUUGCUUGAUUGCCUUCCAUUCGUCUGGCUAUCCUCUGGAGAAGGCCGAAGCAUAUGCGAAUUUAAGGAAACCUUUUCUCGUAAAUGAGUUGGAGCCGCAACACCUUCUUCAUGACCGGACGAAGGUAUAUGAGCGUCUUGAAAUGUUUGGAAUCCCUGUUCCGAGAUAUGCCCUUGUAAAUAGAGAAAAACCAUAUCAAGAGCUCGACUAUUUUGUUGAGGAAGAAGAUUUUGUCGAGGUUCAUGGUCAACGUUUCUGGAAGCCAUUUGUGGAGAAGCCUGUUGAUGGGGAUGAUCACAGUAUAAUGAUAUAUUACCCUAGCUCGGCAGGUGGAGGAAUGAAGGAGCUGUUUAGGAAGGUUGGUAACCGAUCAAGUGAGUUCCAUCCAGAGGUUAGAAGAGUGAGACGAGAAGGCUCUUAUAUAUAUGAGGAAUUCAUGCCGACUGGAGGAACAGAUGUCAAGGUGUACACGGUGGGCCCUGAAUAUGCACAUGCUGAGGCAAGGAAAUCUCCUGUUGUAGAUGGUGUUGUCAUGAGAAAUCCUGAUGGCAAGGAAGUGAGAUAUCCAGUUUUACUGACACCUAUGGAGAAGCAAAUGGCAAGGGAGGUCUGCAUUGCAUUUAGGCAAGCGGUUUGUGGGUUCGAUCUUUUGCGUUGUGAGGGACGCUCCUAUGUCUGUGAUGUGAAUGGAUGGAGUUUUGUUAAGAAUUCCUACAAGUAUUAUGAUGAUGCUGCUUGUGUGCUCAGGAAAAUAUUUUUAGAUGCUAAAGCUCCGCAUCUGUCUUCUGUAAUUCCACCAACUUUACCAUGGAAAACCAAUGAGCCAAGCCAACCUUCUGAGGGGCUAACUCGCGUAGGAAGUGGAAUCAUUGGGACAUUUGGGCAGGCUGAGGAACUACGUUGUGUAAUUGCCAUUAUUCGUCAUGGUGAUAGAACUCCCAAACAGAAAGUAAAGCUGAAGGUUACUGAGGAAAAGCUUUUAAACUUGAUGUUAAAGUACAAUGGGGGCCGACCUAGAUCUGAGACAAAACUGAAAAGCGCUAUCCAAUUGCAAGAUUUGUUGGAUGCGACACGGAUGCUUGUACCUCGUUCUAGACCAGAUCGAGAAAGUGACAGUGAGGCAGAAGACAUUGAGCAUGCUGAAAAGCUUCGCCAAGUGAAAGCAGUACUCGAGGAGGGGGGACAUUUCUCUGGCAUUUAUAGGAAAGUUCAGCUAAAGCCGCUGAAGUGGGUUAAAGUUACAAAAAGUAAUGGUGAAGGUGAGGAAGAACGCCCUGUUGAAGCUUUGAUGGUUCUCAAGUAUGGGGGUGUCCUUACACACGCUGGCAGAAAGCAGGCUGAGGAGCUGGGCAGAUAUUUUCGGAAUAACAUGUAUCCAGGUGAAGGAACUGGCCUGCUUCGCCUCCAUAGCACCUAUCGCCAUGAUCUUAAAAUCUACAGCUCUGAUGAGGGCCGUGUGCAGAUGUCUGCAGCUGCAUUUGCCAAAGGCCUACUUGAUCUAGAAGGGCAGCUAACACCAAUCCUGGUUUCUCUUGUUAGCAAGGACUCCUCUAUGUUGGAUGGACUUGAAAAUGCAAGUGUUGAGAUGGAGGAAGCAAAGGCUAGGUUGAAUGAGAUCAUAACUUCUGGUGUAAAGCCAGCACAAAGCAAUGGAACAUCUCCUUGGAUGUCUGAUGGAGGUGGACUGCCUUCCAAUGCUUUGGAGCUUCUACCAAAAUUGGUUACGUUAACUAAGAAUGUCACUGAACAAGUGAGACAGCUAGCCAAAGAUGAAGAUGAGGAACUUAUGACAAGCUCAUAUGAUGUGAUACUUCCUUAUGACCAAGCAAAGGCCCUUGGUAAGACUAAUAUUGACGUUGAUCGUAUUGCUGCUGGAUUACCCUGUGGUAGCGAGGGAUUCCUUUUGAUGUAUGCUCGUUGGAGAAAGCUUGUAAGGGACUUGUACAAUGAACGAAAAGAACGGUUCGACCUAACACAAAUUCCAGACGUUUAUGACUCCUGCAAAUAUGAUCUUCUACACAAUGGGCAUCUGAAGUUAGAUGGGCUGGAUGAACUCUUCAAAGUUGCCCAGGUACUUGCUGAUGGUGUCAUCCCAAAUGAAUAUGGCAUUAAUCCAGCACAGAAGCUCAAGAUUGGUUCAAAGAUCGCUCGCCGUUUACUGGGCAAAAUAAUGAUUGAUCUGAGGAAUACUCGUGAAGAAGCCAUCAGCGUUGCAGAACCAAAGAGUACUCAGGAUGACCCUUUGAAGUUAACAAAUUCGGAGAAGGAUGAAAAGGAAUUCCACACAAAGCUUAAUGUGAAGAAUGAUGACAAAAAAUCUAGCAUAAUUGAUAUACCAAAGCUUUACAAUAAGAAUGAAGAUGUGAGAAGAUCUAGUAUAUCAAGUGACAGAUCAAUGGAUCAGGAGGAGGAUGAAGAUAAAGAGAUCAAAUAUCGUUUGGACCCAAAGUAUGCAAAUGUUAGAACACCUGAACGUCAUGUUCGAACGCGCCUUUACUUUACAUCAGAAUCUCAUAUCCAUUCUCUAAUGAAUGUUCUCCGCUACUGCAACCUGGAUGAGUCUCUUGAAGGAGAGGAUGGCCUUAUUUGUGAAAGUGCUUUGGAGCGUUUAUACAACACUAAAGAGCUUGACUACAUGAGUUAUAUAGUACUGAGAAUGUUUGAGAACACAGAAGUAGCCUUAGAAGACCCAAAACGAUUUCGUGUAGAAAUGACCUUUAGUCGUGGUGCAGAUCUAUCACCAUUGGAGAAAAAUGGCAGUGAGGCUGCUUCGUUGCAUCAAGAGCACACACUACCAAUAAAUGGUCCAGAGAGGUUGCAGGAAGUGGGCUCAUGUCUCACGUUAGAUAAAAUGGAGAAAAUGAUUCGGUCAUUUGCUAUGCCAGCAGAAGAUUUUCCUCCACCAUCAACUCCAGCAGGAUUCUCGGGUUAUUUUUUGAAGAGUGCAGCAGUGCUAGAGCGCCUGGUAAAUCUCUGGCCUUUCCAUAAGCAUGCUAAUUCUAAUGGAAAGUAGCAAAUACCUCGCUCCCUACCACCACCCUUUUCCCUUUAUUUUCACAUUCUUUUGUUGUUUUCAUCUCUCUUCGCAACUUUGGUUGGUUGAACAACCGAGGUCGGUUUUGAGAACUUGUAAAGAAAUUUUGGAAGCCUGGGAAGGAAAAAUGUUGAAGGUAAAAAAAAAUUUCCUGA